CGAAAGCAAAUGCAAAGACCCAUUCAGUAACGCAGCCAUUAGAAUACAAAAAGGUUUAAGGGUCCUUAGAGCAAGAGCAACAGACUGUUGAAAGAAUGAAAAGCCUGGCAUUACCAAACAAUGAUGCUAUUCAGCGAUUAGAUCAGGCAUUUCAACUCUUUUUUCAAAGUUCACCAAAGGAAUACGGGCAACUCUGCAAAGCAUUUUGUCCGCUCGGUGGCCUUCCACGGGCAUGGAUCAUCAAAGGGGAAUCUGGAGUAGGAAAAACAUAUCUGACCAAGGUGCUAUGUAAAAAAUAUGACAUCCCGUGCACAGUGACGAUCACUAUUGGAGGAUUAGCAACAAUGUAUCCAGGCGAUCUGCUUAAAGGUCUCAAAAUGUAUCUUGGAUCCAUUAAACAUCAUUCUAAAGCUGUAGUCAUAUUGGACAAUAUCGAACUGAUAUUCCCUCGUGAAGAAAGUGAUUUCGCGCUAGUUUAUGCUUUUCAAUCAUGGAUAAAUGAUUUAGUAGAACAAGAGCUAUCAACAUCGUCAUCGACAUUCUCAUCCAAUCACAUAUCCUCGCCAUCCAUAAAGGGCUCUGCUGCGCCAAGAGUCAUAGUUCUGGGAUUGACACAAGAUGCUCGUGGGUUGGACCCUUCAGUUGCAUCACUAUUUGAUGAUUCAAUCGAGCUGGAUAUCCCAACACCUGAAGAACGAUGCCUAAUUUUGACGGCCUGUGCUCGCAAUCAUGGCAUAUCCCUACAACCCCAAGAACAAAAGUAUGAACAUGAGCAGCAGCAGCAGCAGACAGAGGGAGAUGGGUCUACUUUUGCAAUAGACCAUGUCAAAUCAUCAGAAAUCCUCGAUACGAAAGAAUGGCUUCAAGUCAGCCUUGAACCUAUUGCGGCAAAAUGUCAUGGAUACCUUGCUGCAGAUUUGGAUGCACUCUGUAGACAAGCAGCCAUCAUUGCUUAUCAGCGGCAUGAGCGAACAAUGGAUCAACUUACAGUCCAGGACUUUAUAGAGGCAAUGAAGACGAUUAAGGUCUCUGCCUUACGUCAAAGCACAAGUGUACAGAAAGUCGAUCCUGUAUAUUGGUCAGAUAUAGGGGGUCUUGAGGAAGUCAAGAAAACAUUAGAGGAAUCUGUUAUCUGGCUUUAUAAACACUCGGAAGCUUUCAAGAGGAUGGGUAUUAGUCCAUCCAAAGGGGUCUUACUAUACGGUCCACCGGGAACAGGAAAGACUAUGUUAGCAAAAGCCGUUGCAACAGAGUCAGAAGCAAACUUUAUGGCAGUGGUAGUCCCGGACCUAAUUAAGGGUGAGGUGGGCGAAUCAGAAAAGGCCAUAGCUAAGGUGUUCAAGAUGGCUACAAGAUGUAGUCCAUGUAUUAUAUUCCUAGAUGAACUUGAAGCCAUUUUUGGAGCUAGAGAAUCAAGCGGAGGACUUGGAAAGCAGAUAAUUUCCCAGUUGCUUCUAGAGAUGGACAACUGUGGAGAGGGUGUCGUCGUCCUUGCAGCUACAAACCAUCCAGAAGUCAUUGAUUCAUCUAUUUUACGGCCGGGGCGCCUUGAUAGGCUGGUGUACGUUCCACCACCAACAUUCGAGGAACGCGUUGCUAUUCUGCAGAUCUUGAAGCAGUCCACUCGCAUCUCAAGUUCGGUUGAUCUACGGACUGUGGGCAAUUUGACUAACUGCUUCACAGGUGCUGACAUCAAGGCUCUAGUUCGCAGAUCUGGCUUGCUCGCAUUAAGAGCCAAUAGGACGAGUAUCGAGCCUCAGGAUUUCUUUACCGCAUCAUCGGAGAUCCGGCCUUCAGUCAACCAAUUUGACUUAUUACGAUAUGAAAAUUUUCACCAGUGAUCAUUCUAUCGAGC